CGUCGACAUGGAGGAGAUAAACAGACGAGCAGCCCUGUUGUCUUCAGUGUUGUGUACAUCUCAGAUGGAUCUUUAAAUCCCCUUCGAGCGCAGUUUCCCUCGUCACGUUAGUUAACCCGCUUUUUAUUUUAUUGAAGCUUCAUCUUUAAGGCAACAGCGGAUGGUCGUGUCAACAUGGACAGUGACCUAAGUCCCCAGGAUAAAAAGGACUUGGACAAGUUCAUCAAGUUCUUUGCCUUGAAGACUGUUCAGGUGAUAGUCCAAGCCCGACUCGGUGAGAAAAUCUGCACUCGCUCUUCUUCAUCCCCUACAGGCUCAGACUGGUUUAAUUUGGCCAUCAAAGACAUACCAGAGGUGACUCAUGAAGCCAAGAAAGCGCUGGCGGGUCAACUUCCAGGCAUCGGACGCUCCAUGUGUGUUGAGAUCUCCCUGAAGACAUCAGAGGGAGACUCCAUGGAGUUAGAGACUUGGUGCCUGGAGAUGAAUGAAAAGUGCGAUAAAGACAUCAAGGUGUCAUACACUGUGUACAACCGUCUGUCUGUGCUUCUGAAGUCUCUGCUGGCCAUCACCAGAGUAACACCCGCCUAUAAACUGUCCAGAAAGCAGGGACAUGACUAUGUCAUAUUAUACAGGAUUUAUUUUGGAGAAGUCCAGCUGAAUGGACUAGGAGAAGGUUUUCAGACAGUGCGUGUUGGUGUCGUUGGAACCCCUGUUGGCACAGUCACACUUUCAUGUGCCUACCGCACAAACCUGGCAUUCAUGUCUAACAGGCAGUUUGAGCGAGCCGCUCCGAUCAUGGGCAUCAUCGUGGAUCACUUUGUGGAUCCUCCCUGCGGCAGCCACCGUCCUGCAAAUAUGGGUCACCCCUGCAACUACAGAGCUCCGGAUGACGAGGACGGAGGACAUUAUGCAGGAGUUCAGGAUUCACAGGAGGUCUGCACCACCUCCUUCUCCACCUCCCCUCCCUCUCAGUGUGUGUGCACACUGAGUCCGUCUCCCUCUAAACUGCCCAAGCCCCUCCCUGUGGACAGUCUGCAGCUUCCAUUGGCUUCCGGACUUGUCACUCACACUCUUUAUGCUUCCAGAUUAUCCUACCAUCCUCCAACUCUAGCAGGAGCUGCUGAUCUUUGUCACCCCGCUGCCAAUCCAAACCAGGUAUUGCAUGCUGUGAGGGAGGGAGGAGUUGUGCUGGUUCCUACCUAUCCUCAUGGAACAGACACCCACCUGACAGCCGAGCACGCCCCCAACACCCCUGGCAGCAGCGGGGAUGAUGACGGUCUGUUGCACAGCGAUGAAGGAAGGAGUGUUUCUCCCUAUGACCCGGUGGAGUCUCUCAACGCGUUCACGAGGAAAGUCGGAGCAUUUGUCAAUAAACCCGCCACACAGUUAACAGCAGCCAGUCUGGACCUGCCAUUUGCUGCAUUCGCCCCUCGAGGCCUGGACUCAGAGGAGAAUGAUCCCAUGGUGCAGCCCCCAGACUCCCCUCCCUGCCCCUCCCCCCUGCAGGCCAGCCUUCACUCUCAGGGCUCAGAGGGAUCGGGGCAGCAGGACGAUUUCGUUAUGGUCGACUUUAGACCUGCCUUCUCUAAAGACGACUUGUUGCCGAUGGAUUUGGGCACCUUCUACAGAGAGUUUCAAAAUCCUCCACAACUGGCCAGUCUCUCUCUACACAUCAGCGCGCAGUCGAUGGCCGAUGACCUGGACUCUCUGCCAGAGAAACUGGCCGUUUAUGAGAAAAACAUCGACGAGUUUGACGCUUUUGUGGACAUGCUCCAGUAGAGGAAGAAAACGACGGGAGAGGACUGCAUUCGAGUAUGGAGGAAAUAGCUAAGGAGAAAAAUUUAAGGGAGAAGCACACUGGAGGCCCUGUAGUUGUUUGUCCUAAAUCACCAUGUUUUAAUGUGAAGCAUCUAGUUUACUCUCAACUUCCUGUUCAGCACAUGCGCAACCUCUUCACUGUAAAUACUGUAUUAUUUCCUCUGAUACUGGCAUCCCCUCUUGCUCUGGUUGUGUAAAUUCAAACUGAAAAUCUUCUGUGUGGCACGAAACUUGGGUCUAGUCACUUUAGACAGCCAGGACAUUCAAGGACAUACAGCUUUUAACUGUAGUUCACUAUAAUCUCUCCCACCCUGGAGGUUUUCUUUACACCAUGGCCUUUCUGAUCAUAUCUGACCUGAAAGAUGAAAUCAAAUCUUGACCAGACUUAAAAAAUAUUAUUUUCUUCAACAAAAGCUGGUCUUAGAGAAAAAUUCCACUUUGGCCUCACAGUGGAAGUUAAUGUGUAGUGAAAAUGACAGUUUCAAAGUUAAUUUGAAAGCCUGACUGAGCCAGGUGUUCCCAGCUGGCCUGGGGAUUUAAACUUUCAAUGUCAGUCCCAGUGGAAAAAGAAGUCAUGACAGCCCUUGUAUGUGUAGAGAAAUCAAAUCAAUUUGUUGUGGAGCCGCGCCUAGUUGCCAGUUAAUAAAGUGCACUAGUCUAAUGCAACAGUCCUGCAAUUAAUCCUUUUUUCAAAAAGAUUCAAAUGUUCAGUUUGUGUUAAAGGAUUCUGUAGGGUGAGGCAUUUCCAAGCCAUGAGAUGGAUGAAUUAAAAAUUGCUGAUACUAUUAACUUGGGUUUUGCAGGUUUUGUCAAGUAUGACAAUCUCUGAAUAGCUUAAGAUGAGGUGAAGUAGCAGAGGACAUUAACCUGCAAAACAGCACGUUAGGAUUGAAUUGACUGUCUUUCCCAGUCAAUUUAAUGGAGGGAGGAUUUAUUGCUGGACUGUUGCCUUAGUUUUCUUCUGAAGUGUCAGCUCUGAACUUACAGCAGUCUGUACAUCCUGCUUAUGUAUAUUUUGUGAUUUUGUAAAGGGCCGGGGGGAUAAACACAGCUGUCUACAGAAGGCACCAGGUCAACAUCUAUGACCGAGUUUGGUUGAGAGCUUUAAUUUAAACAUUUGUGUCCUAAUAAAGCAUGGUUGCUCUGUUGAAACAAA